AUGGUGACGGGGCGCGGACACCCCCCCCUCUUCCAAGCCGGACCCCGCCCCCGGGCCCUGAGCGCGCGCCCCGCGGCCCCUCACCCGGCUCCGGCCGACGCGCUGCCCCGCCGCGGGCCUCUCCCCGGGGACCCCCGGGCUCCGCCGCCCUGGUCCGCUCGGUCCGCAGCUGCCACUCACGCCGCGGCUCUCGCUGCCGCCGCCGCCGCCACCGCCGCCACCGCCAUGGCCCGGGCGCUGAGACGUCACCGCCCUCACGGCGCGCGUGGAGCGUGCCGUGGACCCGGGCUCCCCCUCCCCCGUGGGGCGCGCUCGGAGGAGCCGGCCCGGGGGCUGGGGGUGCUGGUGCUGGUGCACGUGGGGGGACCCGAGGGCGGAGCUCCCCUCCGCGGCGCGGGCGAUGAUCCCCAACUUCCCGCGAGCCGGGCCUGGGAUCCCCGGAAAGGCAGCCGCAGCUGCACCUCCGAAUGCUGCUGGGCGCGCGCCCUGAGCUCCGAGGGCUUCCGCGGGGUCCCGGGUGUCCGGGGGACCGGCCCGCGCUCCGCCCGGCCUCUCCCCCCCCUCGAGGUCUGGGGGCGGCGGCUCGGGACGUCCCGACGCAACUCUCGGCCGGAGCCAGAGACUCGAGAAUUGCGUUUGGACAAUCAGGAGCCGCGGCCCGGGGCGGGGAGGGAGGCGCACCGGAGGCACCCGGGAUGGAGACGCCACGCGGAAGCGGGGAUACCAGAUGGACACCUCCCCCGCCCCGUAGGGGAGUCGGGGGACACAAGAGUGAAAUGUGCGGCGUGGGAAAGUGGGCAGAGCCCCUCCGGGAGGGACUCGGAGCGAAGGAAGCGGACGGGGAGAAGAGGAAGGAGCAGGGCCAUCCCGGUGGAGGGCAGGGAACGAGGGGCAGGGGGACGAGACCGUGACGGGCGCUCGGUCCCCCGCCAGCCUGCGCUGCGGCUGCCAGGGGGUGGCCUGUCUCUGGGACAAGCUAGCAGUGGGUCCCCUCGCCCGCAACCCCGGUUACCCCCUACUUCCCUGUCCUCCUUGGGUCCGUGGCCAGUCCUUAUGUGGGCGCCAGAGUCGAUUAGCGCGGACCCCCUCCCCUUCCUCCUCCUUCUCCCAGCCCCCUCCCUUCUGCUCUCCUCCAGCCCCUUUCAUGGGCUCGUCCAUUCCCCUAAUCCUGGCCCCCUCCCCUAAUCCCCCCCAUCCGACCCCAGGCCGGCUGCGGCUAUUGUAAGGUGGAGAGAAGGGAGGGGAACAGAGAAAGGAGGGGUGGGGUGGGCCACCUGUUCCAGGACCCCCUUCCAAGGCCAGACUGGACACCAGGAUGGGGCCAAGAACAAAUCACCCUUGGGGGCCAUAAGGACCCGGGAGUGUGGGGGGGGCAUGACUGGUGCUGCAGAGCCAAUGAAAGGGGGUGGGGACAGAGUCCCCUCCCUCCGAAAAGGCCCAGAGUGUCACGCACACACAGUGACACACACUCUCUCCUCUCACACCCGGCGGCGGGGGUUGCCCUGGGAGACCAGGCAGUGAAAGGGAGCAAUCCUUCGCA